GAGUUUCUAGGAGAUGCUCCCAUACAUCCUCUGGAUCUUUUUCUUGGCAGUUUUGAAAGCAAGAGGGGAGCUGCCAUUCAUUGCAGAAAACAAUGCAGCUAUGAUGGUGAACUGGAAUGCAGUUGAAGAGAACAAAAAAUUGUAUGCAAUUUAUGACACAAGCGUGAACGACCCGGGGAACAUGUCCUUCGUGAAAGAAACUGUGGAUAAAUUGUUGAAAGGCUACGACAUUCGCCUCCGGCCGGAUUUUGGAGGACCUCCUGUGUGCGUUGGGAUGAACAUAGACAUUGCCAGUAUCGACAUGGUUUCUGAAGUCAACAUGGAUUAUACCUUAACAAUGUAUUUUCAACAAUAUUGGAGAGAUAAGAGACUAGCCUAUGCUGGGAUACCUCUCAACCUUACGCUUGAUAAUCGAGUGGCAGAUCAACUCUGGGUGCCUGACACUUACUUUUUAAAUGACAAGAAGUCAUUUGUGCAUGGAGUUACAGUGAAAAAUCGAAUGAUUCGCCUUCAUCCAGAUGGAACAGUGCUGUAUGGCCUCAGAAUCACAACUACUGCAGCUUGUAUGAUGGACCUGAGAAGAUACCCAUUAGAUGAACAAAACUGUACUCUGGAAAUAGAGAGCUAUGGUUAUACAACAGAUGACAUAGAGUUUUACUGGAGAGGUGGAGAUAAUGCAGUCACAGGCGUAGAGAGGAUCGAGCUUCCACAGUUCUCCAUUGUGGAAUACAGACUGGUGUCAAAGAAUGUUGUCUUCGCCACAGGUGCGUAUCCAAGACUCUCACUGAGCUUUAAGUUAAAGAGAAAUAUUGGAUACUUUAUUCUUCAGACCUACAUGCCCUCUAUACUGAUUACCAUUUUAUCAUGGGUGUCAUUCUGGAUCAAUUAUGAUGCAUCAGCAGCAAGAGUUGCCCUUGGAAUUACAACUGUGCUGACUAUGACAACAAUCAACACUCAUCUUCGGGAGACUUUGCCUAAAAUUCCCUAUGUUAAAGCCAUUGACAUGUAUCUUAUGGGCUGCUUUGUAUUUGUCUUCUUGGCCUUACUUGAAUAUGCCUUUGUCAAUUACAUCUUCUUUGGAAAAGGACCUCAAAGGCAGAAGAAACUUGCAGAAAAGACAGCAAAGGCAAACAUUGACCGCUCAAAAUUUGAAGGCAACCGGGUGGAUGCCCAUGGAAACAUUUUGCUAACAUCUCUUGAAAUUCACAACGAAGUGGCAAGCCAUGAGGUUACAACCAGCGUUACUGAUGCUAGGAAUUCAACAAUAUCCUUUGACAACUCAGGAAUCCAGUACAGAAAACAAAGCGCACAUCGGGAAAGCUUUGGAAGGCGUACAAUGGACAGAACAGUGCCCCACAGCAAAAAGAGCCAUUUACGGAGGAGGUCUUCACAGCUAAAAAUAAAAAUCCCUGAUCUAACGGAUGUGAAUGCCAUAGACAGAUGGUCGCGGGUGGUGUUUCCAUUCACAUUUUCUCUUUUCAACUUAAUUUAUUGGUUAUAUUAUGUUAACUGAGUGACUGUACUUUUCUAAAAGACUUCAAUAAUAAUACAUGAGAUAUUGCUCGGCCUGUCAAGUUUAUAUAUAUAUAUAUAUAUAUGUAUAAUAUGAACUUUUAUUAUAUAUAAAAUACA